GGUUGACAUAUUGAUGUCUGUAUAUUGUUUGUUUGUAAGAUGAGAACUGCUAGUCCCAUAGAGCCAGGGAAAUGUUAUGAAAAUCAGAACUGAAAGUUGCAUAUCUUUCAGCUGAGCAGGACAGAAGUUACGUGGACUUGUUUAGUCUGGAAGUUCUCUAAUGGCAUCAUUCAGAAAUGAGCUACUUCCACAGUCAUUCAAAACUGCAGAAGCAAGCAACAAGACUGAGAAAAUGGAAUUAACCAGAUAUUGAAUAUGAAAUUAAUACCAAGCAAAAUUAAUACAAAGACACCCACACUUCAACACAUUGUAUAACUUGCACAAACUGCAGAACACCAAAGACAGAAGACUCCCAAAGCAGCCAGAUACCAAAGGCAGAUUCCCCCAGAAGAGCAGCAGUGCAACGGACAGCUGCCCUCUCAGCAGCAACAAUGGCAGCUGGAAUAUAAUGGAAUAAUAUAGAAAGUUGUAGAACACUGUGGGAAAAUAUCCUAGAAGUACCGAGAGGAAACAUUUGUCAGGGGAAACAUAAUGUUUUCUGACAAACUGAAUACUACCAACUGGCCUUUCCUAAAGAAACUACUGAUGACUGUACUGCAAGAAGAAAGAAAGUGAUCCCAGAAGGAGUAUCUGAGAUGCAAGCAUAUCUUCAUGACUCAAGAUAUUUGGGUGCUGGGUCUGGAUCCUGGUCGCUGCUACCCAGGUAGCAAAUCCGUUGCUGCAAGGAUGGGUGAUGUAUGUCUCCCUCACCUCCUUUCUCAUCUCCCUGAUGUUCCUGUUGUCUUACCUGUUUGGAUUUUACAAAAGAUACGAGUCCUGGCGAGUCCUGGCCGUGGCCUCCCUCUGCCUUCCCAGGACAGCCUGUACCACGGCACCACCGGCAUCCUGUACAUGAGCGCCGCGGUCCUGCAGGCUCACGCCACCAUCGUUUCUGAGACCCAGGACCUGAAGAACUAUUUCAUCAACACCGCCGCCUCGGUCUUUGCCUUCAUCACCGCCCUGCUCUACAUCCUGCACGCCUUCAGCAUUUACUACCACUGAGGGGCCGGGCGGCGGGGAGCAGCGCCCCGCAGCAGCUGGGGGUCGGCUCCCCCAAGUCGCUCUCAGCAUUCGCCAUGUGGAUGACACACCGAGGAUCGGCGGGCACACCGAGGGGCUGGACAGACCAGCUGCUCAGACUGAGUGAGCGAGUUGCAUUCUGGCACCUCUGUUAGGACGUUUUAAUUCAUUAUGGUGAAUAUGAAAAAGUGGGGGGCGGGGAUUGUUUGCUUGUUGGUUGGUUUGGUUUGGUUUUUGCCGGGGAAAGUAGCUGUCCCUUCUGACAGGGCACCUUACUCUUUUGGAAAGCUGACGUCUGAAGCCCUCACCGGUGAGGAUCCCGGCUCUGCCGUUGUCACACCCGUUUGGGGGUUCUGCCUCAGCCGUGAGGUUUCCUAGAGCAGGUUUAAGGGAACACUCAGUCUUGUUUUGUUAAAAUCAAAAUGGUGCUGUCCAUGCCUUCAGCUCUGAAGACCCACACACCUGGCUCUGGAUGCACGUUCUGCCUUUGCUUUGGAGCCGUGGUCCAAACCCGCUCUCCCUGCCCCCCGGGGAGCUGACAGGGACGAGCCACACUGGCCUCCCCAGCUCCACACCCCUUUCCUCCCCAGCUUUAGGAUCCAAGGAAAAUCUUCAUAAAAGCAACUUUGAGGGUAGAUUUGUGGGGAAAAUAAGUGACUGACUCUACAGAAUUGUUAUGCAGUCAGACGUGGACGGGGGUGGGGGGCGGGGGGUGACGGGGGAAGGUGCGGCCUGCUUCUCCACAAGUCAGGCCUGUCAGAAACCGGCCUCCGAAGCCACCUUUUACCUCAGAGAAGACUGUCAAGGAAGGAGGCAGGCUGUUCCAGGCAAGGAUUCUUCCAUGGGCUUCUGUCCCACACGUGGGACAUCUCAGGCAGGGCCGGAAGGACCCCCCGCCCCCGGGUCUGUACCCUGCCACAUGCACCCACGCCCCCUGUGUCCCCCUGCGUGGUGCCAGCUGGGUGGGGCCCCAUUGCAGGGAAGGGCUCACACACCCUGACAUGCAAAGUCAUCCACGAUCUGGGGCCAUUCUCAAAGAAAGGCUGGUGUUAUGCACACAGAAACAUAAAAUCGAGGUGCUUGAUUUCAAAGUAAAUGUUUCUCACAGUAAAUGUUUCUCCUUCUCAGAAGGAAGCUGGUCUCUGGCCUGUCUUCAUCUGUGCAGGGCUUCAGGCCUCCUGACCCAGGCUAGUAGGGUACAGCCCCACAGCUGCACUUGUCUGCUCUGGCUUUGAAAUGAAAUAAAUUAUGACAUGGAAGGGUCUAGUCUUAACCGAUUCUAGGGCUUACAGUUUUGUACAUAUUUUUUUUGCUGCUCCUGGGGGGUGGGGG